GACACAUAAUGCCACUCCCGUUUCUUGGAAAUAUACCAAACUAAUAAGGUAUCCAUCGCUCUGCCCAGGUAAACUCUAAUCUUCUCUAUGCUUCUCUCACAAGUACAUAAUAAGUAAUAAGUAACGAGUACCUAGCUAGUACUUGACUCCUUUUCCCCUUUCCCUUCCCUUCCCUUUCCCAUUCCUCUGCCUCUUCCUCUUCCCCUUCCCCUUCUUUCUUUUAAACCUUCGCUUCACAGCCGUCCUGUCCUGUCUUCCCAUCCGCCAUCUUCCCGUCUUCAGAUCGCAAAGAAGCAUCACCAACAUCAAUUUGACAUGCAUCGUUCCCAAGACCACAUUUCAACAGAGAGAUAACGACAAUCUAUAAUUAUCUAUCCAUUAUCUAUAUCUAUAUCUAUAUAUUCUUCACGAAAAUCACCAAUCUCAUUCGUCCAGACGCUCUUACUUUAAUUACGUCACAUAUUUGUACGACCUGAGCUUUUGCUCCGGGAAAUCUGCAACUUGGUGGGUUGUUUUCAUCAGAAAUCAGAAAUUUUGGGGACAGAAUAUUCCAAGGUGUGCCAUCGACCCUCCAUUGCCAUGCUCCAUCCAUUCCUUUCAUUCCAAGAUUUUCCAUAUUGCGCUCUUUCCUUCUUCCAACCACUGCACCCACGUUCCUGCUCGAAAGGAUAUAAACCAAGCAAGAUCUGGCCAUUUAUAGAAAGAGACAGGUCAGAUUGGGAACGAGAGACAACAGUUCUUCAUUCUGCCAAAAUUGAAUUGAGAGAUUUUGGACCGUCAAUCAAAGUUUCACAAACCUAAUACUACCCCUCCAUUCACAUCAUUGUCCGCCCAAAGAAGAUCCUGCCUACCACCAUUCAGCUCCUUUUCCCCCAGCUCUUCAUUCUGUUUGAGACCUACCCAUUCUUGACCUUUUCUUCUGCAAAUACCUGCAAUACAAUUCCUAUAUACACUUUGACUUAUCAUUCAUCAUGGCAGAGAAUACCAAGGAUUCGUCAAGCUCAGGCUUCGCCGAGUCGUCAGCAACAGCUACCCCUCCACCACAAAGACCAGCCGUUCUCAAGAAGCAGAUUACGCGACACCCAGCUUUAAGUCCAUCGAUUACGAACAUCCCAGUGACUCCGGGUGGUUAUUUGGGAGCAUACGAAAAGAUUGAGGCAGAAGAUAAAUCUCUCGAGAUUGACGAGCAAAAUUAUUUUACCCAAGGCUUUAAUCAAUCCUCAAUCAUGGCAAAAUCUCCAUCCGAUGCCGAGACUGGCACAUUAUCGAAUCAAGAAGUUCUUCGCAGGAUGAGCUUGGCUCCUGGUCGCGAGAGACAAAACUCCUUAUCGGACCUUGAUCCGCGCGCGGCGCAUCCUUCAUUAAAUUUGACGGGAGGAAUCAUCUCUGCGACAUUUUGCAUACAGCAAUCUUUGAUGUACAGAAAAGGCUCCGAUUGGACAUGGUCGCAAAGACAUGGCGGUUCUUCGCAAUUCGACUCUUUCAGAUAUCUUGCAUCGGAGAAAUCGCCCUGGCAUCAUACAUUAGUUGGCUGGACUGGCGAAAUCAACCCGGUUGAGGAUCUUACCCCUCCAGAUACCCCUCCUCUUGGAGGCCAUCCUAUACAAUCGCAACCUCCACAAAAUAGGGUUCCUUUCAAUAAGAGCUCUGCGCCAAUUCCAGUUGAUGGUGUUACCAUGCCUCCAACACCACCAGAGACCGAUGGAUUAUUUGUUACAAGUGACGAUAGGCAACGACUGGAAAGACAACUCGCACAUCAACCACAUGGAAAGAUCGUCCCAGUUUGGCUAUGUGAUGAUGCAGAUACGAGUGAGGACGGAAGUGUUUGUUUGAAAGACCAAUCAAGAUGGAGAAGAUUCGCCGAACACGAAUUAUAUACUCUAUUUCAUUACAAACAACACGAACCUACGAAUGGUCGACAAGAACGACAAUCAUGGGCGGAUUAUUAUCGAAUGAAUCAGAAAUUCGCAAACCGAAUUCUCGAAAUUUAUAAACCUGGCGACAUUGUCAUGGUUCACGAUUAUCAUCUUUUGCUUCUUCCCAGCAUGUUAAGACAACGGGUUCCACAUAUGAGCAUUGUCUUCUAUCUGCAUAUCCCAUUUCCCAGUAGCGAGUUCCUUCGCUGUUUACCAAGAAGAAAGGAGAUAUUGGAGGGCGUUUUGAGCGCAAAUUUGGUCGGAUUACAAUCAUUCAGUUACACGCGACACUUUAAUUCUUGCUGUACAAGAAUUUUGGGAUUCCCAUCUACGAGCGCGGGUGUCGAAGCGUAUGGUGCGAGAUGUGAUGUAGCGGCUUUCCCAAUUGGAAUCGAUGCGCGAAACGUUGAGCAGCUCGCUUUUAAUGAUCCUGCUGUUGAUGAGAAGGUUGCUGCAUUGAAGAAGUUGUAUGCGGGCAAAAAAAUCAUUGUCGGUCGAGAUCGUCUUGAUAGUGUUCGAGGUGUGGCACAAAAGCUCAUGGCCUUUGAACGCUUCUUGGAAAACUUUCCAGAAUGGCGUGAGAAGGUUGUUUUGGUACAAGUCACCAGUCCAACUAGUGUUGAAGAAGAGAGAGAGGAUUCAGGAAAUAAGAUUGCAGCCAAUGUUGCCGAACUGGUUGCGAAAAUCAAUGGUCUCUACGGAUCUUUGAGUUUCUCGCCCGUCCAACACUAUCCUCAAUAUCUCUCUCAAGAAGAGUAUCUCGCUCUUCUUCGUGUGGCAGAUGUUGGUUUGAUCACUAGUGUACGUGAUGGUAUGAACACAACAAGUUUGGAGUAUGUGGUUUGUCAAAAAGAGAAUCAUGGUCCUUUGAUUAUCUCUGAAUUUUCUGGAUCGGCCGCAGUCUUGGAUGCAGCCAUUCACAUCAAUCCGUGGGAUUUCAAUACUGUUGCCGAAAAUAUUCGACUUGGAUUGGAAAUGCCUCCUUCCAAGAAAGCAGAGCUUCACGAAAAGUUAUCCGAAUAUAUCUUCAGUAAUGAUAUCACAACCUGGACCAAGAGCCUCAUUCGAACAUUAAUCACAAAAAUUGGCUCCAAUAGUCAUGCUUUCGCAACACCCCUCUUGGAUAAGACUUCUCUGUUGCUUCAAUACAGAGCCGCCAAGAAGAGAUUGUUCAUGUUCGAUUAUGAUGGUACUCUUACCCCUAUCGUUAGAGAUCCUGCUGCAGCUUUACCUUCUGAUAAAUUGUACCGAACCCUGAAAGCACUCGCUUCCGACCCCAAGAACGCCAUUUGGAUUAUUAGUGGUAGAGAUCAAGAAUUCUUGGGACAACAUCUGGGACAUAUUCCAGAAUUAGGAUUCAGUGCUGAACAUGGUAGUUUUAUGCGCCAUCCGGGUAGUCAAGAAUGGGAAAACCUUGCGGAACAAUUCGAUAUGGGUUGGCAAAAGGAAGUCAUGGAAUGUUUCCAGAAAUAUACUGAGAAAACUCCAGGGUCCUUCAUUGAGCGCAAGCGUUGCGCUUUAACAUGGCAUUACCGUCCUUCAAACCCAGAACUGGGUGAACGCAUGUCUCGUGAAUGUCAAAAAGAACUCAUGGCCACUGUUGGUAAAGCUUGGGACGUCGAAGUCAUGACCGGUAAAGCAAAUCUCGAAGUUCGUCCUACUUUCAUCAACAAAGGAUCAAUCGCCAAACGUCUUGUUGAUGCUUAUGGUAAAGAAGUCGGACAAGCUCCCGAAUUCACAUUUUGUGCAGGUGAUGAUACGACAGAUGAAGAUAUGUUUAGAUCUUUAAACAACAGUGAAUUGAAUGUAAAUCACGUUUUCACCGUUACUGUGGGCGCAUCAAGUAAACCGACAUUGGCUCAAUGGCAUCUUCUGGAACCGAUGGAUGUUAUCAGUAGUAUUGCACUCCUUGGGGGAGGUGAUACAAACGUAGCGGACUUGGGACCGGUUGGUGUUAUUGAGGGGAAAUCCCGGGAGGAUAUGAUGGGAAAGAUUGAGGCAUUGGAUAUGAUUCCUGGGGCACCUAGUACAGGUGAGGGAAGAUAGGUUAUCAUGCCGGGUGCAAGGAAAGGACUGUUGGGUUUGAAUCUUUUUGAGGUAUGGGCAUAGCGUCGGAUGGGAUAGGUCUUAGAAGGAAUUAUGAAUGGUUAGAAGGAUUAUGAAUGGAUUGAUAGGAUGAAUGGUGUAGAUUUGGGAAUUGGGGGAGUGAAGAUACAUGGACAUAGGAUAGGAUAGAGCGUUGACAAAAUACGAUACGAUGCGCUGUGAAUAGGGGUGAUUGGAUUUUUGAACAUGCGGAUACCGAAUAGAAUAAGCAGACACUUAUGCAUAUGUAGAUGCAUGUUGAUACAAUGAAGAACUUUAAUUAUGUUGGAUGUAUAUUCA